ACAAACCUCCAAAGACAUUUUGAUUCUCACGUUUUAUACCUAUAAACAUGGCGGACCUAGUAACAAACUAAAAUUUAAUUAAUACAACCGUUUCGUAUUAGUCACAUUGUUUCGUCUACCGCACGUAAACAUCUGUUCAUUCGGUGCGAUUCCUGUUUAAUUCACUUAAAAAACCAUGGAUCCAGACCUGGAAUCGUUCCUACAAAAAACGGGAUGGAGCUGCGACGAACUCCUUAAGAAACUCAACACAUACAAACAAAACAGCGCAUCCACCAGCUCCGAACCAAAAAAAGAGGAAACACCACCGAAAGUCGAGGAAAGCUCGACAAAAACGGCCGCCGAAACGGGCAGCGACGACGAGUGUUGCUCGACAAAUUCGAGUGGCGUCUUCACGUACGAGCACAGCGAGUGCGGCAAGAACUGUGAUAAGGCGGAGGUCGCCGUAAAAGAGACUGAAACUGAUCAGGAACUAAAUAAUGACCACCUAGAUAAAGAGACAGACGUAAACGACACUGUUGUGGAUGAACAAGUCGAACCACAGGUCGUCAACGAAACAGAGGACGUAAUCCACGUCCCAGAAUCCGACAGCGAGUCGGACAAAGAAAACAAGACUGAAGAGGAGGAGGAGGAAGAGCAGGAACCGUUGGAACCGCACGCCAUCGAGGACAUACGCAACAACCUAAAGCUGCAGCUCACCUCGUUGCGUAACAGAAAGAUGGAACACUUCAUCCAACCGUUGACCACCAAAAUAGUCGAACCCAACGGCUUGGAACUGGAAAACAAGAAACUGGGCAAAUUAAAACUGGUGCCCGAGCCGGAACCGCCCGAAUCCACCAAAGAACAGGACGUGGUGUGCAUCACCGAUGACAGCAACAGCAAUCCGGACGACGUUUCGGUGCUGGAGGCGACGAACGAGUUCGGAUGUGUCAUCGCGAGCGUGGAGGGCGGAGUCACCGACGAUUCAUCCCAAACCGUAAACGACUCGCCGAAGAAACACGAGGACUUCAGCGUCUUCGCGGAGAUCAGACGCAUCAUACAGAAGCCCAAAAAUCGUCCGUCGUUGUCGCCGAAGGCGAAAAUUAUUUCGGUGAUCAAAAAGCCUCAACACACCCAGCCGUUCAGUCCGACCGCCGGACUCAAGGAACAUCACAAGAACAACGCACAGUCGCCAUUCGUCAGCAACGAAUUAGAGAAAUUUCUCACAAAGGAUGCCGACUUGAACAUCAGUUACGCGGUGCCCAAGAGCGGCGCCGAAGAAGGACUUAUUGCCCACUGUCGUUCUGAAAGUCCCGUAUGGGAGCGUCAAGAUACUAUCGGACGUAAGAUCAAGCAAGAGAAGGAGGAGAAAGAGGAGCCGCACGUGCCGAAAAUCAAGGCGAAAACGUUGGCGGAAAAACGAAAGCUUCUGGAGUUACAGAAGUGGACGGAAACGGCGGCCGAAUGUCAAGGGGUGGAGGAAAUCCGAUUAGAAAUUGUGGCUGACGAGCCCGAACUGCCUAAGUACAAGUACAGGCCGUACGAAAAGAAGAAACUAAGGAUGGCAAUGUUGAAGGCCAAGGAAGCUGCCAGGAAGAAACGGGAGGAAAUGGUGGAGGAAACGAUUCAUUUGAAGAUCAUAAGUGGAGGCGAGCCUGACAUCAAGGUUGAAGAAGAAGAGGAGGUUAAGAAAAUUGAGGAAAAGAUCCGGAAGAGGAACUUGGAAGAGCAGAAUUUGAGGAACUUGGAAGAGCAGAAUUUGAGUAAGAAAGCCACAGACAAAAAACAAAUUAAACUUGAUGGUGACAAACUUGAGCAAGGAAAAAACCUGAGAUAUAAUGAAGUUGAAAUAAUAGAGCUUGAUAAAGAAGACGAAACAUCACAACCUGAAACAGGCACGGAGUCGAAAAAGUCGGAAAAUAUUCAAAAGGUUGAUAAUCUACAACUUCCAAUCAAGUUGGAAGGAAUUGAAGAGAAGAAACCGGUCAAAAAAAUAAACGAAAAACUAGGCGAACCUAGGAGGGUUGGAAGGCCACCAAAGAAACAGGAGGAAAGUUCUCCCAAAGUACCAGUACAAAAGGACCCUCCUUUGGCAAACCACCUGAGGCUACACAAGCGCAAAAAACUAAAUAUAAAGACUGGUUUCGUACUGUACAAUAACAAAAAGAUAUCGGUAUGUAGCACGCGUGAAGAGUUGAUUUGUAAAAUCAACGACGGAACACCAUUAAAAAGUGAAACUACGAAUAAACCACCGAUCGAAAGUCCCAAAAAACCCUCCUUGUGGUACAAUAAAAACCAAAUGAAAUACAAACCUGGGCCAUUGUGCAAAAAAUCACUUUUACAAAUGACCGAUUGCGACAAGUACAGAAGCGAAGUUAGAAAAUUACCGACUCCAAUCCUAGAAAUUAUGCCCGAGUUUGGGAAACCAAUCGAUCCCAAAAUUGAACAUCUUUUACCAAAGAAUAAUGGUAUAAUCACUGAUUUCUUAUUAGAGUUUGCCCUAACCGCCCUUGAUAAUGGCAAAAAGGAUUUGAACAUAUUCGGCAUCAAAGUACCGUACAAGUACAAAAACCAGCAAGUGCUAGUGCGCAUUCCCAACGUCCCCAAAGUCCCGAAACUCGAAUUGGAGGACAAAAAACAAACGUCCGACGACAGAAACAACAUCGCCAACAUACUGGACGACCUGAUCACCUACGUGGAACUCAAGGAGCACUCCGAAGACAUAUACAUGAUAGAACCGGUGGAAAGACCGGUCGAAGACGAGGGACCGGUCAAAGUGGCACCGAUCGCCGACACAAUCUCCGCCAUAGUUCCAAAACCAGGCCGUCGUAGACUUAACAAGGUCGCACUGGAAUUGGCCAAGCUCAACUGCAAGGUGGUAAAAAUCGACAUAGAUCACGAGCAAAAGUACACGUGCGACAAGCCGUACUGUACGAUGGGGUGCGUGUGCAAUUCGUUAAAUUGUACGUCGCACCACUCUGCACACUGCAGAAAAAUCAAAUGCAUGUUCCAGUGCACGUGUCCCCUGAAGGAAAUCGAGAGAUACGAGAGCGACAUCGUACUGUCGGCCGGCACGGAUUUACUGUCCAAGGACACGGUGCACAGGAUCGAAGAGACAGCCAAGAAAGACAUGGCCCCAGUUGAGAAGGAGUUCACGCAAACUGUGAUAUGCACCAGCGAUAAAGCCAUAGUUGUGGGAGCUGGAGAUCGUAAGGUAAGGAGGGUUACGCGUGCACCUAAAAAAUAUGCCGACUUUGUAGACGACGAAGAAGCCGAACAAGUCCGUCCCAAGGACCAACCGAAGGAGCAACCGAAGGUUCCCGAGUGCACGGUCAGUUUGGAUCGUCUCGAUUUGUCCACGCUUGUGCCAUUCUGCUGGUUCCACUUCAAACACGACUGUCCUUGUAUCUACACGGACACAAGCAGGACGAAUUCUCCAAUCCAGCAGGAAAAUACGUGCGCCCGCUUCAUCAGCGCCAACCGCUACAUUGCACGCAACCGUAAGAACACCUACUUUAACAAACUGCUUAAGGCGAUCGACGCUCAGAUCUCCAUUCCCAUUAUUUACGACCCCAUCGAAUUUUGGACCAAAGAGUGGCCGAAGCCGGACGUGACGGACGCCGAAGUCCUGAUGAGGAGCAACGAAACGUCGCCGACAAUGGGCCGUAAGCACAAACGCAAGCAAAGCUUCACCGACGUGCAGUUGGGCGACGGGGACGAGGUCGUGGAGGCGAAACGUAGACGCAGUUGUCCUGCAGACGUACCGACUGCUGAUGAACAAAAUAAACGGCACAGUUUGCCGGUGAUUAACGAACUAACACGGACCAUCAAGGACAAGGCGAUACAAAGGAGAAGUCUAAAACCAAAGGGUAAAAAGAGAUUUAAAGCUGUGUUCCAGGGCGAAUAUUUUAUCGACGACAAUUCUGCGUUCUUCAAGCAUUUGGGCCCUGCACAGAACGGCUACGUUCGGUUGUUGCCAUGGCUGGCGUUGCUGGAGAAGUUUCAGGCGAACCAGAUAAACAUAUGGUCGCAGGUGGGUAAGUCACUGGUGCUGAUGAACACAUCGGACAAACAGAUGCCGGCCGGCUUCGUGGACAUUCGCUACCAGACGCCUAAAGCGGAAGUUUGCAAGUGGUUGCUGGCCGGCAAACUACCACCCAAAUAUGACCCGAACAAUAUGUCGUUCAUACUCUGCGAGAACAAGAAACACUACGAGAUUCGGGGCUUUUUCAACCGUAACAACAAGGAAACGGAAAGUGAGCCGGAAAAACCCUCGGUGCAGGCUCCGGUGUGGAAACACAGGGACAAGAAUGAGGAGAUGCAAUGCAUGAACGUGACGAUGACGCACUACCAACCAUAUACGAUACGUACCAUGCGAUCAGACCACAAAUCGUUGGAGAUUCGCGAUGUGCAACUACCGAAAAUCACCAAAUUAGACAGGUGGCGCGUUUACGUCCUGCGGUCCGAUUUCGCGUUCCUCAACUUCAAAAAGAACAACUACUCGAUUAGAUACACUAUCCUGAAGAAAGGUGUGGAGAAGGCGGUCGCCUCACGCUCCACCUUGCGGCUGUCGGACGAGAAAAUGUCGCAAGGUUACACCAAUCGCAUGUUCGGCAUUUACUUUUCGCCCAACUGUCUGAAAAACUUCUUCGUCGGCCCGUAUGGCGUGAACGAACCCCACGAAUUGGAAACGUUGCGCUACAUCAACCAGAAUCUGGUCGAUACGGAAUGCUACAACCGCAUUAAUGGCGGCGAAGCCAGUUUUAGCAACGCACAGUGGAUGUACAUCAAUUUACAAACUGAUUUAACCACACCUUCGUCCGCCUUAACUUCCACCUCACCCUCUACCUCAACCUCCUCCUCAAGCUCCGCCUCUAGCUACAGCUCGAGAUCCAGCUCAAGCUCAUCCUCAGCAUCAACAGGUCCAAGCCAGAAAUCAUCGGAAACAAUAAUCGACCUGACCAACGACGACGAUGACGACAAGAGCGUUAAAAACGUGGGCGCCACCACCGCCCUCUAUUUAUCCCCUCACCAACCCGUUACGGGCAACCCGCACGUCGUGAUGUCGAAACCCCGAGCGCCGCACGAAUUCAACCGAUUCCUAGUCACGAACGUGCCCGGCCUGGGCUACGUGGGGGCUAUGGAAACGGAGGACGGCAGUUUUGAAGCCUCUUGGCCGUUCGAAAGCAAAAUGUUGAGGUUUGCGAGCGCCCACCAAGCCGUCCAACACUUCCAAAGAAUUUACAACGAGAGACUGAUCACCGUGCCCGAAGAGUUCAGGGUCAAAGUGCACGUGGCGCUUACGGCGGCCUGCAUCAAUCCGGUGGACCCCAUAUGUCUUAGUGGAAUUUACAUUUGCGGUAAUUUCGGCGUGAUCGACGCCAAACACAUAACCGAUGACGUAUUAAAAAAAUGCGGCGUGUCCAGGGAGUACAUACAGACUUUGUUGCAACGCAGGGUGCAAAAGGUCAUUUCGUGGAACUUGUCCUGCUUCAUUAAGAAGGUGAAUUUGUUCGACGGCAUCGAUGACCCGCCCACGGACACUAACACGAUCCUUGAAAUGGCGGUGUUGAUGAUUUUGAAGCUACAAGAAGUGAACAGAAUGCUGGAGGAAGAGAAAAAACGGCAGGAGGAUUACAACAAGGUAUUAAAGACUCGCCGCCAGAACCUCCUCGAUCUGUUACCGUCAACGGAGCCUAUUGCAUCUGGAACACAAGAGAUCGGGAAACAAGCGACGACUCCGCCUAAGGAAAAACAGGUUUUUAAAAUGGUAUCCAUUUUGAAGCCGGUAAAAAUCAACAAAAUUCCAGUGAACGAAUCAGACAUGGAGAUAACGAAAAUAGUUCCUCAUCAACAUAAAGUUUUAAAUGGUAUGAGUAUCGUUCAAAAGAACGGGGAGUUCCGAUUGAUGGGGCCUAUUUUAAAGCGGAAAAGUGUCGAUGAAACCGUCGUGGCAACUAAAAAAUUAAUACUUAAUGAUUAAGGAUUUUCUUUAUUUAAUUAAACAAGUCGUGAUUUACGUUCAAAUGUGAUAAUAAUUCGUAAUCUACCUGAUUAGUAUUAAUCCAUUUAAAAUAAGUUAGUUUCUUUAAAUUAGUAUUAUUAAUAAUGUAUAUAUUGUACAUGUGAAAUUGACGUUUAAUUUUUAAAAAUUUUCUUAGUGAAAAGAAACAUUUGAACUAGUCUUAGGUAUAUAUCCUAUUUUAGUUAAAACCAAUUCUUUAUAAACUUAAUUAUGACGAAAUAAUUUUGUGUUAAAAGUGUUUUACAAUUUAUACCGUUUAUAAAAAAAUUAUGUUUUAUUAAUGCUUUAAGUUUAAUUUUGUGUAUUAUUUAAAUAAAUGUUGCA